AUGUGCGAGGGCCCGUCCCGCAUUUCGGGGCCCAUCCCCCCAGACCCUACGCUCUGCCCCGACUACUACCGGCGGCCCGCCUCCGCCCAGGGGCGCCUUGAGGGAAACGCGCUGAAGUUGGACCUGCUCACCUCGGACCCGGACCCGGACGCCACCCCGCCCCGCGGCCCCCGCAUCCGUCCUGAAGCCAAAGAGAUCCUGGAGCGUGGCCGAGGCGGCGUGGGGGGCAUGCUGCUGCAACUUGGGGAUAUUUCCCUAGGCCCACGGGCCUUUCCCAAGAGGAAGGACCCUAAAGACCAUGAGAAGGAGAAUCUGAAGAGGAUCAAGGAGAUCCAGAGGCGCUUCCGAGAGCAGGAGCGCAGCCGGGAGCAGGGCCAGCCCAGGCCCCUGAAGGCUCUUUGGCGCUCGCCCAAGUAUGACAAAGUUGAGUCCCGAGUCAAGGCCCAGCUGCAGGAGCCUGGCCCUGCCUCUGGGACAGAGACUGUGCACUUCCUGCGGGCACACUCUCGCUGCGGUCCUGGGCUCCCACCACCCCGUGCCCCCAGUCCCCAGCUAACCCCACCAGAUCCCAAUGCCAAGGAGCCAGGCCUAGAUGUGGACUUCAUUAGCCACAAUGCCCGCACGGCCAAGAGAGCCCCCAGGCGGCAUUCCCGCUCGCUGCAGGUCCUGGCACAGGUGCUGGAACAGCAACGGCAAGCCCAGGAGCACUACAACGCCACACAGAAGGGCCACGUGCCCCAUUACUUGUUGGAGCGUAGGGAUUUGUGGCGUCGGGAGGCCGAGGCCCGCCAACGUAGCCAGCCGGACCCUGCCAUGCCCCCUGGCCACACUCGCAUGCCUGAGAACCAGCGUCUGGAGACACUGAGCAAUCUGCUCCAGAGCCAGAGCCAGCUGCUGCGUGAGCUGGUGCUGCUGCCUGCCGGGGCAGACUCCCUGAGGGCCCAGGGCCACCGUGCUGAGCUGGACCGGAAGCUGGUACAGGUAGAGGAGGCCAUCAAGAUCUUUUCCCGCCCCAAGGUCUUCGUGAAGAUGGAUGCUUGA